AUGUGCCCGAAUAGCUGCCUCGCGUACACUGGGCCCUACGCAGCCCUGGAGACGUGCCCACACUGUGGAGAGCCUCGGUACGAUGCUGUGGCGGCUGCGCGCAAUAUCAAGAAAGCACACCAGCAGUUUAAUACCUUUCCGAUUGGUCCGCAGAUCCAAGCCCGGUAUCGCUCACCGUCAGGCGCGGACGAUAUGCAGUACCGGAGAAGUGUCAUGGCGGAUAUCUUGGAGGAGCUGCGGACAUCGGGACACCUCAAUGGUGUCGAAGAUAUCCCAUACGGAUCCGACUUCUGGGAUGCAUACCAGCGGGGCGAAAUCCUCCCGGAGGACACUUGUUUGCUAUUCUCCAUGGAUGGUGCACAGCUCUAUGAACACAAGGCAUCGAAUUGCUGGAUAUACAUAUGGAUCCUCGUUGACGUAGCCCCCGACAAGCGCUAUAAGAAGAAGUACGUUCUC